UAAAUCGGUUUCAUCCGGGCAUGGUGCCUAAUAUGCAGUCAAUGUGUCAUCUGUUCGAAAGCUGAACGACACGUGCAGCAGACAUUACGUCAUGACAUAGUCUGAUGACCACAGUCAUCACAAUUGGUACGGUAAGUCGCUUGAGACCCCGCCCCCGGGAGGGGACAAUGUACAUAGAAUUUUUUACAUUAACGCUUCCACUUAAAAACGGACAAAACUAUCCAUUGCCUCUGGCAUUCCAAAAAGGGCUUGAAUUGGCUGGCUGACGGUGAUGGUUUUCAUCGGUGCGUCUCGUCUGCCGAGUACCCACCGAAGCUCCCAUGGUCUGAAGUGCUGAAGCGACACAAAAAGCACGUUGGCGCUCCGUGGUCGCUAGGAAGACGGGACAGGGAUGCAAACCCCUCUGCGGUUACAUACCAGACAUGAACGAGACCUACCUGUCUGCCAGUGGCCAGGGCCCGUCCAGUCUGGAGGACUUGUUCGCCAUUGACGGUGUAUUGCGUGCAUGGGCGACCUCGAUGUGGCAGCCGUCCGCGGAAAAACCACCCCUGAAAUUCACCACACUCUGUGGUUUUGGUGCGAAAGUGAAAGGAUUUGCAGUCUUGACAGCUGUCCCAUGACAGGCCAGGCGCUAAUUUUGGACGGAUGGAGAACGCUUUUGGUUCGAUAAACCAACGUUAAUCAACGAGAGCGGCCAGCCUGUAGCUUGCUUUACCGGUGUUGUGACUCAUGUUGUACACGGAUAGCCCGGUACAGCUUGACCGUUCAUGUGCUGGUGACUUCCUGGGACACCAGUCAAUCUAGCAGUACACGGAAUGCUGCUAUUUUGUGGAGAACUACCCUGGAUUGUGUCAUAUUUGUGAACUAGCCAUGGCGUUGUUUUUGUUUGGCUCCGCAUGCCGGUUUUCAUCCAAGAAAAGACAUCACAGAUGUUGAUUUUUUUUCUCGUUUUUUUUCGGGUUCGGACGCACCAUGCGGAUCCGGCGAGAGUAGCGGCAGAGGCCGUCUCAGACGACCCUCUUUCUCAUCGUGGUUGUGCCGAGGAUGGACCGACACACCGAAUCUUUCAUAUGCAUUAGUAUAUUUGUGUUCCUCCUGCGUCACACCGCUCACUGUCAAGAAUGUUCUGAGACGUUCACCCAGGCUCCUGGCAAACUAAACCGAUUGUUGAAUGCCACCAGUCUUUGGUCUACUUGCAAGUUUCACUUCCACGCGCCCGCUGACUCGGCUGUGGUGGUGAGCAUAACAGCUCUGAGAGGUUUUUCCUCGGCAGGCUCUGGGGGGCGCUGCCGCCCGAGACUUGUUUUUAAAAACGUCGGUCCGUUGGGCACGACGCACCUCCUGACUGUCCAGGGCAACCAGGAGAGAACUCUACCGAUUGUUGUGCAAUCCUUGGAUAAUGAACUUAAAGUGGUUUUUCGCGGACAUACUUGCAGCGAACAGAUGAGUAGCUUUGAUGCUUCAUAUAGUUUCUACUCCAGAGUCGGACGAAAGGCAAAGUACCAGGAGUCGUACCCACUAGUGCGAGAUGCCCGCAAGACGUCUGACCACAGUGUAAUGAUAACCACACCAGGUACUGAUGACAUCACCUCCGCACCACAACAUAGGAAUACCACUGAUGGUAACAAUGAUAGCAAAAGUCAAGAGACCAACAGCAGCCUUCACCUGUUCUUUUUAGCUAUCCUAGCGCCAAUCACACUUGUCUGCCUGCUAUGCUGUUUAAUUAUGUACAUACGCCAACGCAACGAUCUCCUGAUGCCUCCACUACAUCACAGAUCCCAAAGACUCUCUAUGUCCACCCCAUCUGAUACCACACCACCAACAAGUGAACUGCCUCUCAUGCAGGGCAGGCCUUUUUCCAGUGAGCAACAGCAAGAGAUGCUGCGCCAACAGCGAGAGACUGUUUGCCGCCGCAGUGAGUCCACUGAGGACUACCCCUCCACGGUGGUGCAUUAUGAUGAGGAAGCCCACCCUUUCAUGAGAAGCCUAAGACUCUUUAAUGAGGACGUUUGUCGGUCAGGGAUUCGUGCCCCACCCAAUCGGACUGUCUUUGACAGCAUUGAGAGCAGCCUCAGCAUGAAGCAACCACAAGCCCCACUGAAAAAGGUCUUGAAAAAGGGCACUGUUCAUCGAACAGACACAACUAAUCGUGCCGGCUCCCUAAGGGGCAAGCCUGGAUUACAAGUGCUAGACAGUGAGACCAAGACGCCGCUGAAGUUAUUAGAUCCGGAUUCGGAAGGACCGCCCCCAUAUCUUGCAGUUGUGAAGAAGCAACAUCAGCAGCAACAACCUAGACCUUCUUCAGAGGUCCUCAAUGUGUGUGAUAGGAGCCAAAGCCACCUAGUGGCUGCUCUAAGUGAACCUAGUGUGCAGCGAUCGGUGGUGGACACGUGGCCCCUGCCUCAUCGGUCGCACAACGCUGCCACACCACCCUCAACGCUACCACAGGAAGCCCAGCCAAGUAGUAGGCAUUCACCGCCCCCUCCACCCCUAGAGGAAAAAGAGGAAGCACAGUGUAGAAGGUGUGAAUCCAGUGAGACCCGUAUUGCAUGACACGGCUGAAGCGUUUGCCACUCCAAUUUAAAAACCCUGAGCACCAAGAAAUGCUCAGAAUCUAUAUGCAGCCUUAUUACUCAUAAAUUGAAGAGGGCCGGUGGCCCAAUGGUAUAAUGCUAUUCGUAUGUAAUAAUUAUGUUGAAGAGUAGACUCGGCUCGUUGACAAUGUGACAUAAAUAAGGGAGGGCUGGUAAGAGAAUGCAGUGCAUGUGAGGUUACUUAAGUUCAAUUUCAUUCUGAACCAACAUGCGAGAAAGUAGCAACACUUGUACAGACUGAUCCUCAACCACUCUCAUUGGAUGAUGUGCAGGUGAUGACUUAGUAAGGUAAGAAUCAUUUCUCGGAGAUUUGCUGUCAGAGGUGGUCAUGGUGUUGCUGACCCUUCCAGUUAUUGCCUGUGAUUUUGUUGACUGGAUCAGUCUGUACCAGUGGCCUGUGUUGAAAGUCGUGUACUUGAGCAUUACAGGCAAUGCUUCCAUUCAAAAUGGGGAGUAAAAUCCUCUGCUAUUCCCAAAUUUAUGUACAAGUGAAAACUUGGGACUUGAAAGUAGAAACUUUGGCUUUGCACCAUCCAUGUAAACUUGUUUUGUCAAUAUGAUCUCACGAGAGCCUAUCAGUCUGUUUAAAUGGAAGUCGAGAGUGGAAAACCAGAAUAUUUUUACAUUCUGAAAAGCGAUCAGCUUAAGUUGGCCAGAGGUCACUUGCAUGUGAUCUUAAAACCACAAGAAAUCUAACUGCUGUCAGUGUUGAUUGCCUGCAUUACUAAAAUGAUCCAGUUAUGGAAGUGAGAUAAUGUCUAAACCAUCAGUUAUACUCAUUUUUCUCAUUUGUAAGCCGUUUGCAGAUGUUCCCUCAUUUCAAGAAACUUAACACCUUCCAGUUGCAGAAUGAGUUGUGCUUCACUCACUGAGGAUAAAACUCUUUUUCACCUCUUGAUCCUAUGCAUGAAUCAUCUGAAUGUUUUUGCCGGAGGCUGCAUUGUCACAACAAAUAGCAUUGUGACCACUUUCAGUUUGUGCCCGAUGUCCUGGAAUGGCUGUGGGGUGUCAUUAAGCCACUCAGUGGCCCAUAGGGUUGCAGAUUCAUUGCACACUUCUUCAGUGAACGGGCGACUGAACGUCCACUGGCAGAUUGACUUGAAUUUAGAUACAUGUUUGGCAGCAAGCAUUGAUACAGUGGUCAUGUUCCACAUACUAAUUGUAUAAAUGCUACCACUCGUCUGGUGAACUUUGCUGUAUGAAAAGGCCAAAUGUCUCUGACAUUUCACCUUGCGCUAUCCUUGUAUCCUGCAUAAAAUAUCCAAGUAUCCUGCUCAUCUUUCACAUUUCCUUGGUCCUUUCUAAAGUGAAAUCUAAUAUUAAUUUUAGAAAUCUAAGAUCUUAUUUAUCAAAUGACCAUUUUGCCUCAUGGUGGUUCUUUAUGAAGUCGUAAUGAAUCAAAAAGAUGUGAAAAUAGACUUGAUGGGUCACUUGCCCUUGCUUCCGUAGAUGAUCAAAAAGGAUGAUGUCACAUUUGUCACAAAAAGUCUGAGAAACAUUUUUUUUUGUGGGGACCCUUUCAUAUAAAAAAAGCUGUCUUGCAUCAAUGUGCCUUUGCUUUGCAUGCUAGUUCUGUCUUGUGUGAUUUUUUGCGAUUGGAAUGUUGUGCUUUGUCAGAGACGAACACCAACAUUCAGUAGAACAGCAUUUCAGCUCUGUCAUCUUGUGAAACUGAAGGGAAGAACGCAAGGCUGCUGCUGCUGAACCUUUUGGAUCCACUGGCAUGGGGGAACUACCAAGGGAGGCAGAGUGAGGCCUUUUGUAACAUCCGCACUUGUACUGUAGCCUCUCCCCCACAGGUACACACACCCACACAACAAAUGAUCCCUUUCAGUGCAGCUGGUUGACGAGAGUUCACGAAAACAAACACAGCACUACGGUGCAGUCACGCACGGUGGAGAUAAAGUGUACGUGUCUGUGCUCACGACUUCAUGGCCGACCCUAGCAUUGGAGGAAGGAAAUUGCCAAGGCCAUUGUAUGAGCAUUAGUCAUGUAAAAAAACAUUCUUUUGGCCGGAAACUUCAGGAACGUCAGUUUGAAGGGGGAGUGGGCCUAACCACCUCCAAAGUCUCCAGGUAUGAAGAAUGUGCUUCCAUCCAGGGACUCAGCAAAAUGAGAACUCUUUCAAUGUGUUAAGUCGGUUAAAAUAAACUGUAUCUACCCACUUCAUGUUCAUCCAGAUUUUUUUUGACAGGUUUAGUCAUAUUUCAGUCCCGUUCCCCCGGGGGGGGUCUCAUGAUUUACCCUCUCCAAAGAUGAGUGAGCCUUCCCUUUCUGAACAGCCCAAUUGCCCAGUGACUCAUUCAAUUUCCUUAGUUCUGUAUUUCCCACAUGCCUCUGAAUGUCUUUACCCAGGAGACAUUAACCAGCUAAUACUUUGUCCUCUAUUGCCCCAUUUCUUAAUUCCCCACCCAAAGAGUGAACAAUGAAUGAGAUGAAAAACUGUUCCUUUCUCAUCUCUGCCAUUUAUAGCGCUCUGUAACCAAUCAUCAGGUAGAAGAUCCAUCUGGUGCUAUCGCUUGGCUCUGGCCCCAACUAACUAAAACACUAGCCCAGACUAUUCACAGAUAGACCCCAAAGUUCCAAGCCCUUAGAAGGGGCUUUAUGUCCAGGCCUAUGUUGAUCCUGAGCCAACAUUGCUGUGGCAGAUGCAGCCGUCAAGCCAAGCCCCUGGAUGCAUACUGGCCCCUGUUUGAUCCCAGAGUUUAAAGGAGAAAAACCCACAGACCUCUGCCCACAUGUGGAGAGUUUCCUCAAUGCUGGUGAGUUUGCUUCUGCAUCUGCAACGUUUCCACGCUAUUGAGAGAGAUGCUGUAAGACACGAGUUGUCUUGUGAGUAAAGAGUGGUGGAAAAAAAAAGAAGCAUCCAUGUUGAAUGAGUCCAGGGUGGUACCUCUUUAAAGGAAUAACCACAAUUUCCUGGUGGAUUAAGCAAGACCCCUGCCUGCUGACAGGGACACAGCUGCCAUACGCAUCAAAUCUAUCCAUGUGGUGAUAUUUUCUAUCCCACUGCAUUUCUGGAUGCCGCUAUGUGGCUGGUAGUUUACAUAGAGGAAUGCAUUGCGUAUGUGGGUACUUAGCUGCAAGAUCUGUGGGCUAUGCGGCAACUUGACCUGCCCAGCAUAAAGACCUUAAUGAAGCACAGAAGAACUAUAGGGGCUCAUGGGAAAUAGCUGCUAGUUGGAGUUUUCACUGUCAACAAGUUUAGGGUCGGCAACCUUUUGUUGAGUUUUUCAAUGGAGAGGUUGAGAUGAAAGUUCUGAUGCUCAGGUUAAGUUGGUAUCGUAUUAGGUAUUGAUGUGGUAUGCUUGACUGUUGUAUGUUUCACUGCUGUUGAACUUCUCAUUGCAAUAGAAUGAUACUUAAUAGAAUCAGCAGAGGGAAUUUUUGUGCUUUCAACUUUCUUGGACAUUUUCACACCUUGUACUCAUGUGGGUACAUUGCCUACCAAUGUUUCUACACGAUUAGUAGGCAUCUGACACAGCAAGUCAUACCAAACUGUAGAAAGUCUGCAUACUCACUGAUAGCCGUGAACCCCAACAGUCUGCCAUCCUGGAAAAUUUUUAUGAUUUAAGGGUUUUACCAUAUUGGGUGCAAUUUAUUUGCAAGGAAACUUAUUUGGAGGAAAAAUUUGAAUUUUACCAGACCAGAAGGUGCGCACCUCUCUCACCAGCCUUUCCUCGCAGGUCAGCCUUUUCUCUUGACAUGGUCCGUUAAUCAACAUUUGAAAGAUCUUGAAAUCAAAUGAGAACCUGUAGAAAGAUGGACAAAAGUAAUUGUUGUUGCAUGUACAAAAAGUCUUAUUAUCCUGUAUGUGUGUGAAACUCCCUGUUAUUAUUUUUUGUUCACUUUCUUGUGCUAGCAAUAUAUAUAAUUAUUUCCCUGAAAAUGCUGUUGUUUAUGUGUAUAUUAAAUAUUAUAAAUAUGACGUUUAUUUUGCUUUUUUUGGUUGUAUAUCAUCAAAGAUGGUACUAUUUCGGGGAAGGAAGCCACAUACUAAGCUAUUCUUGCAGAGAAGAAUUCUGUUUGAAUUAUUUAUGACUGAUUGGAGAGUCACACUCUCUUUGCAUUGGUUUGGGCAAAACAUCUUCCCCUGUUUGGGGGGAAAUUGAAUCAAGUACAUUGUAGCUCCUUAAAUGAAGUCUUCAUUAUAAGAAAACAAUACAUAUAUUGUAAUCAGUGGUCCGACAUUUGGGACUGAUUUAUGGAUGGCGUAUGCAUGUUUGAUCAAUUUGUACAGUGCCAGAGGAAAUUGAUUUUUCUCCCCUUUGGGGGAAGUGGGGAUAGUCAUACUAAAUGCUUUCCUUGUAGAUGCUGGCCGUAUUUGUUUCACACAGAUAUGGAGCACGAUCAGCAAUCCGUCAUUGGUUUACAGAAACCAAAACUUGCCUAAUGGAUGGUGCGAACCAGCGUAAGGAUAUCUGAUCGCAAUCCAAAUCUGUGUGAAACAAACUAGCCCACGGAGGGGCCCCAAGAAUGAGCCUUAAAACUUACACACAUGGUGUUCGGGUGAAUCUGAGAGUGUGUAUUUGAUGCAGUUUUACUCUGCAGUAGUUCUCCAUCUUGAAAUGCUCACUUACUCCAGAGCUGUUCAUAGAAAGAGUUGUGACAUGAGUGUCUUGAUUGUUGGAACCAAAAUAGUGGAUUACGCAUCAGUGCACAUGGACAGUUAGCACACCAUGUUUGCGUGAUGUGCUCCACACAUAAUGAAUACCUAUUUUCAUUCAUUCAAAGUCUGAAGUUGGCACUACUCUCUCUCUAUAUAGCUCUGGCUUAGUGGCAAUACUGCCCUCCGAUGGUUGGUGACUGAGAAUAUUGCCUCAAACAUGUAUACACUCCAGAUGCUGUAUAUUCUUUUGUAUGUUCACAGCAACCCUACUCUUAUGGCAACCAGAAAUAAGACGAAAUACAGCGGGCCAUUUACAUUUUAUUGUGCAUCAGGAUUCAUACAGUGCAUGGCUAUAAUGCAAGUGUCAUUCCCAAAACAUUGCAUCGGGUCAUCAGAGAGACGCGUCAUCUUGACCGAGAUAAUUUUCCCAAAGUGCUGACCCACAUCGUAAAAAACCUCCCAAAACACGUGAUGUGAAAAUUGAUGGUUUUUGUCAUGGAGGGGAAGUAAAGCUGUCAAUCUGCAUUAGAGUGUACAGAUACCACAUUGCUGUGGUUGGAUGGCUAGAAAAAUGUGCCUCCUUCACAUUCCUGGUUAAGUUCAAAUCACUUAUUAGUGAGAAAUCAGGAUAAUUGAACUUUCUGAUUACCUUAUGUUUGAUGCAUGAUGCUUCAUUUGAGGGAGCCACAGUCGCACUGAUGUUGCUGCCUACUCUCUCUCUCUCUCUUGUAUUUAGCAUAAACGAGGUGUAAGCUUAUUGCCCAUAUAAAGUGCCUGUGAUGUUUAACUCCCUACUUGGAGGGGGCAACUGAAAGGGAAAAAACUCUUGUGCCUUUUGUGCCGUUAAUUUUUCAUCUUUUUAUGUGUGGAAAUGGGAGGUGCGUCGGAGGAUGUGCUUUACUGAAGAAAUAAAGAAUUCAGUUUUGAAAGAUACAGUAUUAAUGAAGGCCAGUCCAUGGGGACAGGACGGGGUAGAAUACACGUAGAGUGCUUGUAUUGCUCUCAAGCCUAGAGCAUCAUGAAAUGGCACAUGGGUUGAUUGAAGGUUGAUUGAUUGAGUUUAUCAGGAAAUGUUGGGAUAGCAAGCCAGAGGCAGCAGCCUUGGUAAGUUCCUGUUUUUGAUAUUAUGAUGCAGCUGGGAGAGGUUUGUGUAUGCCCACUAAUGCGUUCAGUAUGAACUAAUGAGUUCAGUUAUGUAUGAUGCACUUUGCAUUUCCUCAGUUUCUUUUGAUAUAGGAAAUAUUGAGACCAUAAUGAUUCAACACAAAAAGUCACACAAAACCACUCAAAUUUCCCGUUGCUAGGCUAUAGCCUCUUUGUAACCCUUUUAAGCUGAAUUUAGCCCAUUGCAGGUAAUGCAUUCAGGAUGUUACUGGUGGUUGCAAACAAGUAUAUGUCUAUUAAGGCAUGGGAGAUUUUCUAGUCGAAAUUGUAUGAGGUGUUAUCACAAGGAAAGUAAUGGAACUUCAGAAUUUGUGAGAAAGUGUGAUUUUUUUUUUGUGGAGCAAAGACACCCAGAUUUGUGGACAAAGUCUUCACUUACCAGGUCUUAAAGAUUUACUGCAGUACCUGUUGCUCAUGCUACACUCCCACCCCUUACUCGGUCAGCUUGAUUUCCUCCCUCUCUCUCUUACCCAUGUUUUCUGCUGCCCUGGAUCUGCAUUUCCUGAUCUUAAAGUUGUCCACAAUGGAUCUAGAUAAAUAGUUCACGAAUCCAAUAAAGUUGCACUUGGGCCUGGCAUACGGUGAAGUAGAUUACAGAAGGAAGUGAUAUGAAUGGCAGGGGCCUGUCAUUAAAGAUUCAUGUGAAUCUGGCAAAGGACCAAACUCAUCCCCACCACAUGUGAUAUAUUUUUGUUUAAUUUCCAAAGUGGGGCUGUGGUUAACAUAUAGUUGCGAUUUUUAAAGUCUGUAGUGUAGGAUUCCUAAAUGGAGAGAACACAGAGAGUCAUCAGUAGUCCUACAAUUUUCCACAGAAGAGGGUCAGGGAGUCAUCUGAUGUGACUUUUUAGACCCUUUAAGGCGACUGUGAGGUGAGGCCAUGGGAAAUUCCUACAUCACAAGUAGUUACCAGUGCAAAAAGAUUCCAUGUAUCGGAGCUUGUUUGGAUGCUUGCCAGUUGGAGCAUUCUGAUGGCAAAAACAUGAAAACUUCAUCAGUUUGCAUCUUUUGAAAGAAAGGUCAAUCAUUCAAAGGUGUAAUGGCCAGUAUUUUAUUACUGAGAUUUUUGGUGUGUUGAUUUUAUUGGGUGAUAGAAGGGUCCUGUAAGCCCGGCCCUGUGGUGUUCUGGCCAAUCACAGCCAUGAUUGAUUUAUGUCUGACAAGCAUUUACAAUGAUCAGGGGUGUGCAUGUAUGGAUGAAUGACACACCAUUGCAAGGUGCAGUGUUUAAUGCAAUGAAGGGGAGCAUGUGUUGAUUGCCCACCUUCACAGUAGGCCGGACUUUCUGGAAGUUGGUCUAUUCGGCAGGGUAUGCGACCUUACACUUUAGAAAAUAGCCUCAAAAUCAGAUGUGACUGAUUCAGCGCUUUCAUUAAAAAAAACACAUCAGUCCAUGACCAUACAAAAGUGAAAAUCAUGGUCUAGUCCCAACUUUUCCACAUUUAAUUGCUGAGUAAUUUGGUUACCGUGUUCAAUGCGAGAGGAAUUUUCAAAAGCUGCUGUCAAAAUGGCCAAAAUGUCAAGGAUCUAUGUGCCAUUUGAUAAGGCAUGUUGGAGACGUUCCAAUUCCACACACACAACACUUCCCCAUUUCAUCUAUGUGACUGAUUUUAUUUCUUGCUCUGCUUGGUGUAAGACAAAAAAAAAUGUUUAUCAACGGGAAAAUGUUGAAAUUGAAGAAUUUAUUAUAUCUAUGUGCUGGAUUGUAGUAUCAGUGAGUCUUCUUUGUGAAGAAAUAAAACUACACACUGCAAAAACAAGUGUUGAUAAAAUGUUCUUGUAACCAUAAAUAUAAACAAAAGUUUUGAAAAGUUUAAAAUAAUUGCAGGGCUUGAGCUGAUUUGAAUGUGUGGUUGUCAUCAUUACCCAUUGAAUAUGCAUGCUGCUUCACAAGCACAUCUGGUUAGCAUUUGAAAAUGAAUAAUUGAGUAGAUAAUUGCAUAAUCAUGCAUAUUCAUUAGCCAUCGUGGUGAAGGAUGAGACCCAAGUUCGAUACAUAGGCAUCCGGUUAUUAAAACCUAUCUUCUGUCCACAGUAUUGCUUGAUCUAAGCCAGUGCAGCUUACUAUGAAAGGGUUUUCACAACUAAAAGGAAAGUACCAGUGGCAGGUUUCCCAUGGCUUGGAUGUCUUGGAGUUUCAAUUUUGCUGUAGCAAGCUCCAGUGAAUAGUCUCAGGAGUGUGUGCUAAUCAUGUGACUUUGCUCUUUGCACUUUGUGGAUUACAGUGCACGGGGCAUUCAGCUAGGGUUGAUGGUGUGAUUAUUACUUGUGAUCUGCUCUGUUCUCCACUGUUGGCUAGUGGAAGGCACCCCGGCCCAGUAGUCUGUAUGAAACAUGACGGAGUUAAGGACCUCGCAGUCUUGGGAACGUAUCUGUGGACAUUUGAAGUUUAUUUAUGACAUUUGUAAUUACCAAGGGAAACGAUGCUAUAACCACCCCAUUUUUAAAACUGUAUUAGAUUGAAAUCAAAGAGAAACAUAAGCAAAAAGUGAUGAUUCCAGCUGGUAUGCUAUGAAGAAAUGCAUGACAUGCAUUGUCAAUAAAAAAAUAAUUGUUUGGCAAACUAUAGUUUCAAAUGCAAUGUCCUUUUAGCCACUUGGUGUGGGUUGGCGGACAGCCCCAAACUGCUCAGCAAUAAAUAAAGCUCUGGACUCGCCCGACAGCAAUUUGUUUAGUGUUAAAUUAACUUUUCGUUCCAAAUAACAUUGUGGUUUUCCUUCUGUAUGA